CUUUAACAGCAGUAAGAGGGGGUGUUGUCCAUCUCUUUGUUUACUUAAAGCACGAGUUAUCGACGACCAAGAUAAGAAGGGGGAAAUGGGUUUAUAAGAAAAGGAUGAAAACUUAAUAAUAAACCACAAUGCUGAGUAAUUGCGUUGGUAAUUGCGGCUUUAGUGGACCCCCACCGCCGGACACUAUACUAUUAAUGCCACCACCACCAUUACCAUCAUUUCUAUUACCCAAAACUGCUGCUUUAGUGCCGACCACCAAUGAUUCCCAUCCUUGUUUCGCAACACUCAUGUGUGAUCCCAAUCCACAUCCCCGUGAAAGUGGCAUGGAAUUUGUUGAGUUUACUGGAGCCAAUAGCAACGGUUUGGAAAAUACCUGGUUGUUUGUAUUGAUUUCAUCGUGUGUUGGUGUUUUAAUAUUGGGUGGACUACUGGCUGUUAUUCUAUUGAAAUGUCGCGAUACUCUCUUCUCAAGCUGUAAUUUAAGCUAUCACGAUAGCAAUAUUAAACAGGGCACCAUGUCAGCUUUGGGUGAACCCUCAAAAUCGAAUCCUUUUAUGGCUGGUGGUAUUUUAUAUCCCUGCACUUCGGCCAAUAGUCGUGAUACUUUACAGAGUCAAUUGGCCAGUGAUAGUCGCCUAUUGUGGGCCACCUUAACACCGCAUGGUACACGUCAUUUUAUUUCCGACUAUCCGGCAACAAGUGCACAAGAUGUUGCGGGUCACUAUGAGGUUGUCGACUAUCGUGCCAAAACACCAAAUCAACCAUAUCGUGAUUAUGUUAAACGUACUCCUAUUAAGUCCUUCGACAACAAUGGCUUUAUCGACUACGACUAUGAAGAUCCCACUCCCCUAAUGGAUUCCUAUCACGACGAUAUGGACUCCGGCUAUCAAGAGCCUCAGGAAAUUCUCAACUCCAUGCAGAGAGCAUCACCACGUCCUCGAGUCUCAUCGCCCACACGUAUAGAUAAUCCCAAUAUGGCACCACUAAACUACUAUCCUUCGAAUCCACGUACUCAUCAGUCUAGUGCAGCCAGUACACUACAACGUCCGACCAAUUUCAAUACAACUGCCACACUCAACAGGAAGACCACCACCAUGAAUAGGCGCAUCAGUGAUGCUUCUUCAUAUAAUGGACAGAAUAUAUAAGUUAAAGGAAUAGCAUCAACAAAGUUUAUUUUAAAAAGGUUGGAAUAAUUAAAUAUUGAAAUUAAUAUGAUUUGUAAUUGAUUUAAAAACGAUAAAAAAAAGUGGUUUCGGUUAUGCAAGAAUAUAAAAUCAAAGAGGAGCAGGUGAUAACAAACUCAAAUCCAAACGCACAGUCGAAAUUACAACGAAACACGAAUUUUUAUUUAAAAAAAGAAAAACUCAAGCAAACAUUUACAAUAAGAGAUAUUAACACCAACAAAAACAUGAUUAUUUUAAACAAUAAUUAUUAACAGUAUAAAAACAAAUUCAUAGCAAUAUUUUAACUUUUUACAAAAGUUAUAAGCAACUAAAAAUUAUUUCUUUAUUGCCUAAAAACUUAUUCAACUUCUAAAUUAUAAACAUACAAUUCAUCUUUAAGAAGAUGGAGAGGAAAAUAAAAGAAUUUAAAACGCAUUUUCUUAAAAACGCUUCUACUAAUUAGCAAUAUUAUUAAAGUUGUAAUUUAGUUAAUAAGCAAGUGAAUUAAUUUUUAACUGAAAAUAUGAAACUAAACUAUUUUAUUUUCCGUCGUCCCUAAAAACGAACCUUUAGCAACCAGACAUGGAAAAUUGGAAUCUUGAAAUUUACCAAAAAUAGUACUUUUUACACUUUUUAGUACUUUUUAGACUAUCGAUUUUACUAUAUAUUUAUGUAUUGACUUAACUUUGAACUAGAACAUAGACCAGACUGUAGACUAGACUAUAGU